AUGGCUCGGGUACAACAGGCUGUGUUGGUGUUGAUCGCUCUGCUGGUGACUGCUUCCGCACUCGCUGGACCUAACAGACGUAUCGUUGGAGGAAUUGAUACCGUCGCCGGAGAUGCGCCAUGGAUGGUUUCGCUGAGGAACUCGCUCAAUAUGCACCUUUGCGGUGGCACGCUGCUGAGUAAUCGGUUCGUUCUUUCGUCGGCCAACUGCUUGUCGGGUCGUUUGGCGACGACCACGAUGGCUGUCACUGGUACUCGGUUCCUCAAUACAGCGGCCGUACCGUUCUAUGGCAUCCAAAUUAUAACCCAUCCAAACUUCAACGUCAACACGCUUGAGCAUGAUGUCGCACUGUUCCAGACUGCACUUCCGAUCAUUUUGACUAAUUCGGUUCAACCGCUGCCACUGUCAGCGGAGGUGAUUGGAGUUGCUGUAAGGGCUCGUGUCUUCGGAUGGGGAGCGUCUGUGGCCAAUGGAGGUAACACGAAUGCGCUACAGUUUUUGAACGUAAACACACUAAGCAACGAGGAUUGUGCCAACUUCAUGGGAGCUGACGGUUGGCGCAUCGGACCAUCCUCACUGUGCACGCUGACCCGCGAAGGACAAGGCAUCUGUGGGGGCGAUGAGGGAGGUGCACUCGUUCUAGAUAACUAUGCCAUCGGUGUGGCUUCGUGGGGUAUUCCGUGUGCCACCGGUCGUCCCGAUGUGUUUGUCCGUAUCUCGUCGGUUCGUAGUUGGAUUCUUAACUUCAUCUAA